AUGGCGAACACCGUCGAGAAGCAAUUGUACAUGAAGAAUGAACUUUCUGAAAUCUACAAUGAAGACUCUGAAAGAGUUGCGUUCAUCGCAGUUAUGUACUGGUCAGUGGAUCAAAAUGGACAAAAGAAGUGGAAGUUGUGUGAUAUUGCUCUUUUGUUAGCUUGUGUUGCAACAAUUGGCGGAUGUUUUAUGACGAUUGUCUAUUGUGCUUCUAGGAUCUACAAGAAAAUGAAAGAUACUAGUUGUCAUAUGAGUGAACGAACUAUGGAAUUGAAUAGACAGCUAUUUAUCACGUUGACUAUACAGACUAUUCUUCCUUUGUUUAUGAUGUAUAUCCCUGUUGGACUGGCCACUUCUCUCCCAAUUUUCGAAAUAAAAACUGGACGAAUAGCCAAUUUCACUGCCGCAAGUCUAGCUAUCUAUCCAUUUCUGGAACCAUUGAUACCCAUGAUGUGCAUCAAAGAAUUCAAGAAUGUACUUUUAUGUCGUAGUAAACGAAAAGUGGCAUCUCGAACUACAUUUUCAACGCCUGUAUCCGGUAUUCACUCAUCUAGUGCUAAUGCGAUUCUUUGA